UCAGUAUCUAAAAAGAUUAUAAAAAAGUAGACAACCGUAAGUCGAUUUAUCUGAAAAAUUGGGGGGUGUCGAGGUUUUUUGGAACGGAGUUUAUUGUACUUGAGGAUUUCAAUUUCAUCUUUUUGGUAUUUUGUAGGAAAUAGUCACGCUUAUAAACCCUAAUGUAUUACUUUCAACCAAAAUUUUAGUUUUUAUUUACUUUAAUUACCUUAUACGAUUAGUUAAGCAAAAUUAUCGUUAAAAUCUCAAGCUAGUCAACUUAAUUUUAGCUCUUAGGAAUGAAAAUAAAAUUUAUUUUAAUAUUCCUAUUUAUUUUUGUUGUAGUUAACAGUCGAAGUCAUGGUGGAAAAGGCUAUGGAAAAAUGGACAACCUGGAAGAAGUUUGUCAGAUUAAACAAAAGUUGGGAAUCAUUGAGAAAGAAAUGAAGAAAUUACAUAUUAAUUAUGUAGGUUGUAAUUAA